AUGGCCACCCCAAGAAGCUCUACUGAGUUAACCUCCGUGAACUCCGGACGCACGGGACUUGAGACAAAAUCUGAACACAGAGACGCAAAAUCAAGAUCAAUGGAAAAAACUGCGACACCGGACGAUAUCUACGAAAACUCAGCCGCUGUCACAGAUGUUGAAGGAAAGGAUGCCGAUAUCAAGGAGAGAACCGAUGUGGUUGAAACCACAGGCGUCAAACCCAAAUCACAAGACGACGACGACACAGAAUAUCCUUCAUCGUGGAGGCUGGGCCUGAUUUCCAUCGCCCUGUGCCUGUCGGUCUUUUGCAUGGCAUUGGACAACACUAUUAUCGCAACUGCCAUCCCCCGAAUCACAGAUCAAUUCCGCGCCGUCGAUGAUGUUGGUUGGUACGGCUCAGCCUACCUGCUCACCACCUGCGCCGUCCAGCUCAUCUUUGGUAAACUCUACACCUUCUGCUCUGUUAAAUGGGUCUACCUGUUCGCCCUUUUCCUCUUUGAGCUUGGUUCGCUCAUAUGCGGUGCUACGCCUAACUCUGUUGGCCUCAUUCUCGGUCGAGCCAUUGCUGGAUUAGGUGCAGCUGGUGUUUACUGCGGCGCCCUUUUAAUCAUCAACUGGAGUGUUCCGCUGCGCCGGCGUUCCAUGUAUAUGGGUAUUAUUAGUUCCAUGUACGGCAUCGCGUCCGUUGCCGGUCCUCUACUGGGUGGCGUUUUUACCGAUCACGUUAGUUGGCGAUGGUGUUUCUACAUCAACUUGCCCUUAGGUGGUGUUACCGCUGCUUUUAUAAUUCUAUUCUUGCAGCUCCCCAAGCCCAAGCUUGCCAAGAAAAAGCUCACUCUUAAGGAGCAGAUCAAGUCUUUUGACCUGCUCGGUACGUUCUUAUUCAUACCCGGAAUCAUUGCUCUCCUGCUUGCUCUGCAGUGGGGUGGUACCAAGUAUCCUUGGAAUAACGGUCGAAUAAUCGCUUUAUUCGUUAUAUUUGGUGUCCUCAUCACAGGUUUUGUCAUAGUGCAGAUUUGGUUGAAGGAAAAUGCUACAGUUCCGCCUCGGUUGUUCGUAAACAGAACCGUUUGGUCUUGCGCUAUUUUCAGUGCCUGUUUGGGUGCCAGUUUUUUCGUCAUAACGUACUACCUUCCUAUCUGGUUCCAGGGCGUCAAGGGCACAACCGCCAUUCAAUCCGGUAUCAAGAACUUGCCCUUAAUACUUUCGCUCGUCAUUUUGUCUAUCAUUUCUGGAGGCCUCAUCACAAUUGUCGGCUAUUACACCCCCUUUAUAAUCGCGUCAACCGUCCUCAUGUCCAUUGGUGCCGGCAUGCUCUCCACCUUGAACGUGUAUACUGGCGCAGCCCACUGGAUCGGCUAUCAAGUCAUCUUUGGUAUCGGCGUUGGUCUAGGUAUGCAGCAGACCAUGGUUGCCAUCCAGGCGUCUCUCGACGGCCCUGAUACCCUUGGUGGCGCCCUUUUCAUUUGCGUCGCCCAGAACGUCUUCCAGAACAAGCUUGUUUCCAACAUUGCUGAUGCUCAUAUUGCGGGCCUUGACCCUAACACCGUAGUUGACAUUGGUGCUACCCAGAUCCGGACUUUAAUUUCUAGAGACUUUUUGCCUAUGGUGCUUCUGGCCUAUAAUAAUGCUAUUACAAACAGCUUCUAUGUCUCUGCCGCCAUGGCGACCUUGUCUGCUAUUGGCGCGGCUUUUGUGCCCUGGAACUCUGUUAAGGGUACGAAGAUUAAAAUAACUGCUGCUUAA